ACAGCAGUCACGACUGAAGACGGGUGGAGGAUCCUCCAAGACGUCCUGGUCCCUGGGGUUGUUAACCUCACUGGGUGGGAGGUGGGGAGCUAACCAGCCGGAAGAUUUGAGGAGCAGAGCAGCUGUGGCUAAGCCAAGAACCACCUCUGUGCAGAAAAUCAACCACUCUACUUUCCAUUCUGCUGCCAGAGACAACCACAUCCUCCUCACCUGCACCACAGGCACCCAUGGAGAGCUCAGAUGCAGAGUUGGACCUGCAGAGGAGUGUACAGGCUGUGCUGCGGGAGCUCAGCGCCCAGGCCCCUGGCUUGCAGAGCAACCAGGGCAUGUGGAGAUGGUCCUUGCAUAAGAAGGUUGAACGAGAUCCUGGUAAGAGCCCAGUGCUGGUCCGCAUUCUGCUCAGAGAGCUGGAAAAGGCAGAAAGUGAGGACCUCCGGCACAUCAUCAUUCCUCUGCUGCACACUCUGAUGUAUGUGCUCACUAAGGCCACAGGCAUCACAGAAGAACUCUACCAGAGAACCUACGCCUUCUGCACCAGGUUACUGACCCUGCCCACGCCCUACUGCACAGUCGCCUUGGAUUGCGCCAUAAGACUGAAAACGGAGACAGCUGUCCCAGGGACACUGUACCAAAGGAUGGUCAUUGCUGAACAGAACUUGACGAAUGAACUGUAUCCCUACCAAGAGAGAGUGUUCCUCUUCGUGGAUCCUGAGCUGGUGUCUGCCUCCGUGUGCAGUGCCCUGCUGCUGGAGAUAGAGGCAGCGCAGGUGACCCCAGAGGCCUGCAUGCGCCAUGUGAUUUCCCACGCCCUGCAGGCGGCUCUGGGGGAGGCCUGCCAUGCUGCUGCUCUGCACAGGAAGCUGCAGGCCAGUUCCCGCAGUGUCCUGGAGCGCUAUUUCCACGCGGUGGUGGCAGCAGUGGAGCAGAUGGCGAACGAGGCCAACCCGAGCCGGGCCGGACACCUGGAGAGGCUGGAGGAGAUUUACUGCUCGCUGCUGGGGCCGGCGGCCGCCGCAAGGGGACAUUGCAGCGGUGAUUCUCUCCAAGACCGACCACCAAACAUCCCCCUGCCCAGCCCCUACAUCACCUUCCACCUGUGGACGGACCAGGAGCAGCUCUGGAAGGAGCUGGUUCUCUUCCUCCGCCCACAAUCCCAGCUGCGUCUCAGUGCUGACCUGGAAGCUUUGGAUCUGCAGGGCCUUGGGCGAGACCAGGAUUUGGCCCGGGUGUCCAUGCUGUCCACUGACAGUGGCAUUGAGCGAGACCUUCCUGUGGGGGUUGAUGAGCUCCCUGCCCCCAGCAGCCCAGAGAUGCAGCGUGCUGGCCUGCAGCGCAAAGGGGGCAUCAAGAAGCGCAUGUGGCCCCCGGACUUUUUGAUACCUAGCAGCUGGGAUGGGCCACUGGGGCUGCACCAGAGGACAGGCGGGCCCAGUGGGGAUGGGGAACUGCUGCCUGGGGUCUCCCGGCUGCACACAGCACGGGUUUUGGUGCUGGGGGACGACAGGAUGCUGGGGCGCCUGGCCCAGGCCUACCACAGACUCAGGAAACAGGAGACCCAGAAGUUCUGCCUCACUCCCAGACUCAGCCUGCAACUCUAUUAUAUCCCUGUGCUGGCGCCUGAGGAGCCCACGGCAUCCAGGCAGCCGGAGCUGGGAGAGCUGGCCGCAUUCCUGGGCCGUGCAGACCCAUGGUACGAGAGCACCGUCAACACCCUGUGUCCCGCCAUCCACAAGCUGGCUGAGAUGCCUCCCUGCCUGGACACAUCCCGGACCGUGGAUCCCUUCAUCCUGGAUGUCAUCACCUACUAUGUUCGCAUGGGGACCCAACCCAUCUAUUUCCAGAUAUACACAGUCAAGAUGUUUAGCGACCUGAGCCAGGACCCUACAGAAGACAUUUUCCUCACUGAACUGAAGGUGAAAAUUCAAGACUCCAGGAUCCCCAAAGAGGGCUUUUCACCCCGGAGGAGAGGUGUGACUGAGGGCCCGGGUGCAGAGCUCUCCGUGUGCUACCAGAAGGCCCUGCUCAGCCACCGACCCCGAGAGGUCACCGUUACCCUGAGGGCCACUGGGCUGGUCCUGAAGGCCAUUCCUGCCAGUGAAACUGAAGUUUCAGGGUUCCCCCAUUGUCCCCCAACUGCUGCUCCAAUUAUGGACCAUACUUGUCUGAAUGUCAGUGUGACGGAAGUGGUCAAGUCCUCAAACCUGGCAGGAAGGUCCUUCUCUAUAGUGACAAAUACCUUCCGGACAUCCAACAUCCAGAUCCAGAGCCAGGAACAGAAGCUACUGACUCUGUCGCUGGACAAGGACAAUCGGCGCACUUUCAGGGAUGUGGUCAGGUCUGCCUUUCAAAUGUCCAGGGCAGAUCUGAUCCCUGAGAUGGGUCCCCUGAGAUGCUUUCUCCCCACCAGAUUCGAAGUUGGUCCCUGCCCAGAGCCUCGUUCCAGAGCCCAGAAGUCCAGGACGUCGUGGCUCAGUUUACAAGGGCAGAAAGAGAUGGAAAUGGCCAAAGCCAAGCCCAAAUCCCUUCUGAUGCCCAUUAACACAUUCUCCGGCAUCGUCCAGUGAGUCACUGGGGCAGCAGAAGAGCUGGGUCUAAGGGCAAUAGUCCCACGAAGAAGGAAACACUACCCUGCCAGCCCACCAGCACUUAAUGACAGAACAAGACCUGGCUUCCCUGGGCAGCUCUGGCUUUGACCAGGAGACAGAGUACCUGAAAGUGCAUGGAGUCUGGCUGUAGGGUAUGUGGCAGAGAAGGACCCACGUCAAGGCUGGGGGUCACCCAGCAAAGCUGUGAUUGCAUGAAAGCACCCAUACAUAGCCUAGUUUGUCACAUAAACGUCCAUGCCUGCAUUUAUGUGCAACUCCCACUUCUCCCAUUGUCAAGUUCCCCACCCAGUUCUGAAAACCAAGGUCAGAGCUGCUGUUCUGGCUUGGAGCCCUGUGGUCAUGGGGAAAAUCAGAAGUAGAUACACACAACUGCACCUGUGCCCUCCUGAGUCUGUUCCCUUCCUUCUUGGGCCACUACUAACCUCGUCUACGCCCAGGAGGGGCCUCUCCUGGUGGAGGGAGAAAUGAUGGAGUCAAAAAAUGUACAUUAAAGUGUUUCUAUUUUC